AUGCAAUCAACAGAUUUUGAUUACGCUCAGUUGGAUUAUGAGAAGGCAUUCUUAUUUAACGAAGAUGAAUCUAUUAUUACGCAUGCUAUUAAUGCAGCAUUUAAAAUUAACGUCAGCAAAAUUAGAUUAGAAAGUUUUAAAAAUAGUUUAACAAAAGAGAUGAUAUCAGAAUGUAAUCAUGACCAUAGUAAGACAUGUAGCAGAGACCUUAUAUUUGAUGCAAAUUUCUUUGCCGAUACAUGCGGGUCUUCUACUUCAUUUGGCCUUUCCAUGAAUAUUCUAGUCAAAAGUAUGACCAACACACAAUAUCAACUAAGCAUGUAA